CUCGGACAGGGUGAGCAGAGGCGGGAAAUGGCGCCUGGUAACACAACGGAGUGUCAUUCUGGAGACGGCCCUUGAGCAGCUACACAGCACAAGUCGAAUCGGAUCACGAAAACAGCCGCCGCUUAUGUUGUGGUGGUCAGUCGCUCUUGAAUCGUUACCUUCAGACAUCGCGGAUCACUGUAAACCUUACAUGUGACUGCUAAAAACAAUGAGGCUGAGAAUGCGUAAGGCGUCUCAGCAGCCAAACCCCAGUCUGGCAACCCGCCCAUCCCGGACCAAGCGGAGGCAUUCAGAGGUAGAAGAGGACACUCCUACUAGUGGUGGGAGGGGCUUGCUUUCCACCAUCAAGAAGUUCAUCAGAGGAAAUGCUGUUAAGGUGCAACCGGAGAACCCAGCCAAGAAGACACGCCUCCACUGUGAUGUGGACAACAACCUGAUCACCUCCACACCCCCAAGCACCAACACCCCCCGCAGGACGAUCACCAGGGUCAGCAGAAGAGGCUCUGUCAAUGGAGAGGCAACCAAUCAUGACAGGAGUAAGGAGAAGCCCAAUGGGAGCCUGGAGGAGACGACAGCUGUUGAGGUGCCCAGCAGCCCUCCUAGGACCACCCUUCUUGGGACCAUCUUCUCCCCUGUCUUCAACUUCUUCUCACCAGCUAAAAAUGUCUCCUCUGGCUCAGACUCUCCAGACCAGGCAUUGGAGGCAGAGGAGAUAGUCAAGCAGCUGGACAUGGAGCAGGUCGAGGAGAUGCCCACCAGCACAGCCACAUCCACACAGGAAUUGUGUACUACCACUAGCCUCUACUCCAGUGCAUCCCAGCUUCCACCUCUGCGACCUGCCCACAUGCCCGAGGUGCCCCCCACAGCAGAGGAGGGGGAGAUAGAUGCUGAUGCUGACCUUCCACCCCUCACAGCUCCAGGCUCCAGUCCAGAUAUGGCAUAUGUGGACGCCCCUCCCCCCACAGGACCAGCAGAGGCAACCUAUGAAGAAGACUGGGAAGUUUUUGACCCGUACUUCUUCAUCAAGCAUGUACCUCCACUGACAGAAGAGCAGCUCACUCGUAAGCCAGCUUUGCCUCUGAAGACACGCAGCACGCCGGAGUUCUCUCUGGUCCUGGACCUGGAUGAGACGCUGGUUCACUGCAGUUUAAAUGAGCUGGAUGAUGCAGCACUUACCUUCCCUGUCCUCUUUCAGGAUGUCAUUUACCAGGUCUAUGUCCGCCUGAGGCCAUUUUUCAGAGAGUUCCUGGAACGCAUGUCUCAGAUCUAUGAGAUCAUCCUCUUCACAGCUUCUAAAAAGGUGUAUGCAGACAAACUGCUGAACAUCUUGGAUCCUAAGAAACAGCUAGUGAGACACAGGUUGUUCCGUGAGCAUUGUGUCUGCGUCCAGGGAAAUUACAUCAAGGACCUCAACAUCUUAGGCAGAGACCUGUCAAAGACCAUCAUCAUUGACAAUUCACCACAAGCCUUUGCAUAUCAGCUUUCAAAUGGGAUUCCUAUAGAGAGUUGGUUCAUGGACAAGAAUGACAAUGAGUUGCUGAAGCUGGUCCCUUUCCUGGAGAAGUUGGUUGAGAUGAACGAGGAUGUACGUCCGCAUGUUCGAGAGCGGUUCCGCCUGCACGACCUGUUGCCCCCUGAUUGAACUUGAGUACAGACUCUUAACAGGACAACAGGAAAAAAAAAGACUGAGAACAAUGAACGUGUAUAAAGCCCCUCUUCGGAACUACAACAUUGCCAUUACUGUUAAAAUUUUAGCCUUUUUUCCCCUCUUUUUUUUUUUUUUUUUUUUAAACCCACAUUGCUUUUAAAACAACUUCAAAAGAGGAAAAAAAAGUUUUUGAAGCAAGAUCUGGGGAAAUUUUCUAAAUAUCCACAUGUAUAGAUGAAAUUGCAUUUACUAAGGACAAGCCCAGGUAGACUUCUCUUUUUGACUGACUCUCCAGUCGUGGAGCUGGAUUUUGUCUCCAUGCUAACAUGAAGAGGUCUUGGUGCUGGCUGAGUGGAUAUGAACAUACCACCUGGUAAAGAGGAUCUCCAACCAAGUUCCCAAACCCAAACCAACCCCUGGUGCUCACGCUGUUGAGACUGACUGAUAAUGACACUCGGUGGCUACAGACCAAUUUCAGCAGGAAUGACUGGCCUGUAAAAUCCGUAUGUGUGUGUAUGUGUGUGUGUGUGUUUACCCCACCCAUCCGAAUUUUCCACACACAAACACGCACACACCGAUUUUGUUAUUGUCAAACUUAUAAUCUGUAGCCUUUAAAAUCAUUAUGCAUUCCUCUGUAGCUGAGUCAAGUUUCUAUUGUUGGGCUGUUUUUUUUUUGUUUUGUUUUUUUUUUCUGGUAAAAACUGGUGUUUCAUUAUUUUUAAACCCACAGUGUUUCAAAAUUGUUUCUCCCUCUGUUUGUAAGAUGUGACUUUUAAAAAGCGGUCAUCUAAGUUUUACUCUAAGCCUUUUUCUCAGUAGGAGAACAUGGGGGGAUGCAACAGUCCAUCACAUAAUCAAAACCAAUGGAAUUUAUUCCAGAUUUAAAAUUGUUUAAAAAUUUUUAUUUUUUUCUUUAAUAUAUCAUGGACUUAAAAAAAAAAACAUGGUGGCUUCACUGUGGACAGAAUAUGGCUUCUUAAUUAAGAAUUGUAGGAAUGAAAAUCUGCGUAACUGUAAUUUGACAAUUUAAAGGUUUGGGGGCAUUCAUUUUCAAAGUUGUAUGUGUCAGAGUUAACCUUUUUUAAUAGUAGUAUUUGUCUUUUUUGUAAUCAGAUUUGUCUUUACUCCUAAUCAAGUGUUCUGGCUAAAUCAGAGCUCUGUUUCUUUUAGAUGUAAUGUGUAAUUUGAUGGCUAUGUCAGUAGCAAUGGAGUAUGAGUAAUGUAGCACAUCUCUGCCAGUGUGUUGUGAAGUCUGCCCGGGGUAGAAAUCUAAGGCCAGACCCUGUACCAGCCACAUCUGGCACCAGCAACAUAGUGUUUGAACAGUCAGCCACACUACGGUGGUGUACAUCCUGACUGCCCCUCUACCUGUCUGUUUUUGUUUUAUAUUUUUACUCUUCUUUUUAAGCCUUGUUUCUUUAUAAUGCAGUUUAAAGCGGUGCAUUUACGAAUGGUAACUAUAUGAAUGUGUUUCUGCCCUGCUUCAGCCUGAAGGCCCAUGCCAAACUGACAUUUUACUCCUCUGCUGGUGCAACCUAAUUUAUUCAAUAGUGAAAAGAAUAGGCAACCAUGUGUAUUUAGUGUUAGUAUCCCUACAAGCCUCUGAGGCAUAGACUGGAAUUCUACCAUGUCAUUUAUACUGUUCUGUUUUCUGUCAUGGGCCUAAACCUACUCAAACAAUUGUUUUAAAGAAAUGGAUUCUUAAAAAAAAAAAAAAAAGUUGAAGAGAAGCAGAAGAGUUCCUGUAUUCUCUUUUUAACCAUUUUGCCUUUUGGCACUGUGUUCAUUGUUGAACUUUAUUUCAGGUCUCGUUCAGUUAGGAUCCAGUUGCAUCUGAACUUUUAGCAAAUGUGAGUGUUUGGGUCUGUCUGGGUUACCUGCACGGUGCCAUAUGAUUCCUCUCCUGUAGACUUUUAGCUGUGUCGUUUCUUCCACUCUCACACCCCGCCCAGUGUUUAGAUAGAAAGAGACAAUCAGGCCUCAAAACUCAGCAGAUACUGAAAUGUGGGGAUUACCCAGGUUAUUUUGGUCUGUGUGCAGUAUAUAUUGCAGUUGUACUGUGAUUCCAUUUAGGUUGUGCCCCAUGAAUGAAUUUGUCAGGUGAAUCCUGCUGUGCCCUGCCCAAAUUUCUUGCUAGUCUGCCGGAUAUAAACAGAUGUUUUGCAGCUGUUCAGCGCCCUCGUCUUGCCUUUUUACACCAGAAAGCAGUAGCUCUCCAGAAGCUGUAAUUAGUUUGUAUUCAAGUUGAAUUGUUACAGGGCACAAUGAUGUUUAUUCAGACAUAAUGUUUUGAGUAGACAUGUCCAGACUAUGAAUGUAAAUUAUACAUGGGGUUGGGUCUUAUGUGUCUUUCCUGAAUUCCUUGUAUUGUUCUCUCCUCGCCACCUAAAACAAAUUGAAGAGGAGAAUCGGAGCUUCCUUUGGUUAAAAAUCUCUGUUUUUCAAGAGGAGGCCAGAAGAAUGUGCAUGGAAGAGGAAAAAUGUCUAGAGGUCCCACCAUGGUAGCCCCCCUCCCCCCCCCCACAUCCUCUCACCAUCCUAACUGCCAUACCAUCUCAAAGUAUGCAAGCCUCACCUACACAGACUGACGUGUGUGUGAGAGUUGGCCUAUGCAGCCCAUGUGUGGUCAUGUCCUCUGUUGGCUUACUACUCGAUGUGAUUGUGAAAUAUCAGUCAGGGCUUGUUUUUGCAAGGAUUGGUGGGAGGUAUUUGAUAUUUUUGAUCCAGCUCAUUUUUAUGUGCAUUACCAGUUUAUUGUACAAUGUGUUGUACAAUACAUGCAGCUUCAUGUUAAAAAAAAAUCCUUAAAGUAAGGAAAAUCUUUUGUAUUUUUGAUUUCAAAAGGCAUGUCAUAUCUACUUUUUAAAUGUAUUAAUGAAGAUUUAACUUUACAUCAGAUGGAGUGUUUUUUUUUUUCCUUUUUUUUUCUUACAAGUAUGUGUGUAUGUUUAGUUUAGCGCAAUGUCACUGAACUGUUAAACUUAGCAUGUAGAGAAUACAGCUUGCUUUGUGGGAAAGUCCUGAAUUAAAUUUUAAUUAUGGCACUUUUUCUGCAGAAAAGAGCAAUUGUGUUAAUGAUUUUCUUUUUUCUUUUUUUCCCCUCCAAUAUCCGGUAAGCCAUUUUACUUGCAGGAAUUACUAUUUGUGCUGAAGAUGUAUUUAAAAAAAUGCUUUAAGACAUCUUUGUUAGCCAACAGGCUAUGCUAUUGUAAAGUGUACAUACAGUUACAAUGAAUUUCUGAAACAAAGUUUUAAAGUUACAACUCUC